GUAGUGUACAUAAGAACGCGAGUGAGAAACCGGUUAUUUGAUGUUUGUAUUUUUCAUGUUUUUCAUUAUUCAAAUUCAUACCUGUUCUCUUUUCAUUUGACCUAUUUACCUAUACUUUCACUAUUGCUAUAUUUUAUUUACUUUACAUUUUACAUUCACUGUGUACUAUAAAUUCCAGUCAAGAACGCGAGUCUAUAUGUAUUUGCGUUGAGUAGUUUGUGAAUGUGGAUUUUCAGUUUAUCAACAACCUACGUCAAAGCAGUGUGUAGAUGGUGUUUCGUGUUUGGGAUUCGGACUGAUAAAAAAAGAUAAAACGCUUAUAAUUUAUCAUUUUAGUAGAUCAUUGAAAAUCUAAUCAAACCCACUUUAAUUUUUUUUAUCAUUUUUUGUUAUAACAAUGAACAUAAACAUUUUAACAAAGUCUACGAAAAUAUUAAGUACAAAGUCUUUUGAUAUUUUAGCAAGGAAUUUUAGUUUAUCAAGUGCUAAAAAAAUGAGGUUUGUUCAAUAUAGACUGAAAACUGGUGGACCACAACAACUAGGAGCACAAAUUAGUUCGUCGGGCGAUAUAUUUGAUAUCAGUGGCGUAGAUCAUUCAAUUCCAAAUAGUUUGGUAAAGUUUUUGGCAAGUGGAAAUGGACUGUAUGAAAAAGCUAAAAGAAUAGUAGCAGAAGGAAAAUCUAUAACACCAAUUGACAAUGUAGAGUUGCUAUCACCCAUCACAAGGCCUGACAAAGUAGUCUGUGUAGGACUAAAUUAUAGUGGCCAUUGCGAUGAACAAAAUAUACCUCGCCCUAAGGAACCAAUGUUUUUCAGCAAAUUUUCCUCAGUCAUUGUAGGACCUCAUGAUAAUAUAGAAAUACCACCAAUAACAAGUAGCGUUGAUUGGGAAGUGGAACUAGCUGUAGUAAUAGGAAGAAAAGCGAAAGCAAUUCGACCAGAUCAAGUGAAUGACUACAUUUUUGGAUACACUGUCGCCCAAGAUGUUAGUGCAAGAGACUGGCAGAAAAAUAGAAACAAUGGACAGUUUCUCUUGGGAAAAUCGAUGGAUACGUUUUGUCCAUUAGGACCUGCCGUAGUUACCAAAAAUAAAGUAGAUCCAAACAAUUUGACAAUUAAAUCCUGGGUAAAUGGAGUUUUGAAACAAGAUGGGAAUACUUGUGAACUCAUUUUUAAAAUUGAUUUUCUGGUGUCAUAUUUGUCACAGAUUGUGACCUUGUAUCCUGGAGAUGUCAUUUUGACUGGUACUCCUGCAGGUGUUGGCAUGUACAGGAACCCUCCAGAAUAUUUACAAAAAGGCGACAUUUUGGAAAGUGAAAUUGAAGGAAUAGGCAGAUUACGAAAUGUUGUUGCAUAAUUGAAAAAAUUGUAUGUGCCUUAAUUAUUAUUGUUUAUUCGUUUUAAAAUUAUAUAGAAAAUUUAUUGCCAUCAAAAAUGCUACAAAUUUUAAUUUUUAUGUUAUUUUUUAUACCUACACAUUUUUAAUAUAGACUUUUAAUGUAAAAAUAAAUCACCAAGCAAUGUUGUAUUUUUUUAAAUAAAUAAUUAUAUUUUGUGCUUUAUUGUUAUUAUCCUAAUGGAUAUUUUCCAUAAGACAAUUUCACUCAUUACAAAGAAUAAGUUCAAGAACUGAUUUAAAAGUGUUUACUUCAAGCAGAACUGAGAAAAAAAUGUCAAAAACAUUGUGCCUCAUUACAAAGAAAAACCUUCCUCCAAGAGAUAAGCAUUUAUUUAAAAAAAAAGUCCUUUGAAUAUCUUCACCCUUUUAAUUGAAGGGCUGAAAAUUGACCAUUAUCAAUGUACCAACAAUAAACCCAUAAGCAAUUUUAUAUUCUUGGGUCACUUGCAUGGACACCAUUAGAAAAAUUUCCAGGGGGCAAGUCUUAUAGGAAGACUUAAAACGCUGGAGGCUGUAGACUAAAGCUAGGGGGCAGAAACCCCCCAUAGAAAUAGGGUAUUUUAUCUUGAGUGAUGUUUCUUGAGCACUGAUGAUACACAUAAAUUCAAAAUAUUGAUUUAUUUCUAGUGAAAGGGACUGAUCUUCAUUUUGAUUAGCUUUAAAUAAGUAUAACUGAUUUAGUUAUACAAUUUAUUGAUAGAACCCACUUUUUAACACAUCUACAUAUUAUUUAAUAAAAAUGUAACACUAUAUAAUGUAUUUUAUUAAAUUAAAUAAUAAUUACACAUUCUUAUGAUGUAUUCUCAUCAGAAGGAUAAUAUGGUUUUGGUUUAAUACUUGCUAACGUAAAUUCUUCUCUAGAAUGAUAAGGCUGGUAAGGAUCAUCUACGUAAUAUCUUGGUUUUCUCCAAUAAGGCCCCACCAUUUUAUCUAACAUCCAACUUUGGGUUGAAUUGCAGAAAACGUGCUGUCUUAGCCUACGUUUUCGAGGAGGACUCUUUUUCCAUAAUUUCUUCUGACGACCAACUUUUGUUCGAAUCCAAGCUCCCCAAUUUAACCUAUAAAAUCGUCUUGUAACUGCCUUGACUGACUUUCUUUUUCCUUUUCGCAUUGAAUAUUUUGUUAGGGUCCUGGUACUUGUAUUCAAAACUGCAGGCUUAAACAUACUUUCUAAUAUUUUCGGAGGAACAAUUGGAACAUGAGUUUGCAGUACAGAAAAAUUUCUUCCUAUCAGUGGUUUUAAAAGGCUCUCCUUAGUUACAUUUUGCAGUAAAUAUUUUGAAUUUGUUCUGGCAGGUACUGUUGCUAAUCUAGCAACGGAAAUUAAAACGUUCCUAAACAUAUUAGUUAUAAAAAUAUUAAAUAAUCCAAAAUUUUAUCAUAUCUCUCGUUCUGCAGAGCACAUUUGACAUUUCCAUUUGACAAUUGACACUAUUGA